ACCUUUUUCAGUUUUGCAACGUUGCAACUCUCUGUCAUUUUCACAGUAAGGGUUCUCUCAAGAAAUCUGUUCCUCUGUGCCAUAUCAGUAUUUUAAAUUACUUUUUUGUUGUCGUCAUCAAAGAAAUAAUCUUCCUUCCUAACAUUUCAACUCAAGGAUUCAGAAAAUAAGAGUGGUUUGGAUUCUUAAAGUACUUUACAGUCAGCAGAGGGAGCUCCAAGUGUUCCUUUGUAGGUCUUUCAAGACAUUUGGGGUUGUUUUUUUAGGGAUAGAUUUUUCUGCAGUUACAUUUUUAAAGUUGCCAUCUCUACUGAGGCUUAGAAAGCAAAAUUCUUGCCAUGCAGACCCAGACUCUCGGGUGCUUUGAUGCAUCCGACUAUAACAAAUGAGGUAAGUUUAUAUUUUUCACUUAAAGCCUUCUGCUGCAUUUUAUACACACACACACACCCCUGCAACAAUUCAGUGUUAGUUUUAGCUCUUUAAUGAUUGCAUUCUUUAGACAUUAAUGGAAGUAAUGGGGGAAACGCAAACCUGUACAUUAAACAAGCUUUCCUGAAUUUUUUUCCUGAAUUUUUGUUGUUGUCACUACAGUGGUACCUCGGGUUAAGUACUUAAUUCGUUCUUGAGGUCCGUUCUUAACCUGAAACUGUUCUUAACCUGAAGCACCACUUUAGCUAAUGGGGUCUCCCGCUGCUGCCGCGCCACCGGAGCACGAUUUCUGUUCUCAUCCUGCAGCAAAGUUCUUAACCCAAGGUACUAUUUCUGAGUUAGCAGAGUCUGUAACCUGAAGCAUAUGUAACCUGAGGUACCACUGUAUUAGGAAACCGGGGUGCAAGUUCUCCUAAAACUGCUAGCUCGUUUGCAAAGCUAAGUAUGGCCUGGUCCGGUUUCAAGUUGGAUGGGGUACUGUGUGUUGAAAUUCCAGCAUUCCAGGGGGUUUGACUAGAUGACCCUUGGGGUCCCCUUCCAACUCUACAAUUCUCAGAUUCAACAUGUAUCCCUUUUGCAGCUAUCCCUGAGGACCAAACUAUACAGUCGGCAGCAGACCCAGCUCUGGCAGCUCUUGAUUUCUACUGAAGAGAGCUAAAGCAGUGACUGGCGAGAAGGACGUAAUCUGUAGCAGAGAAGCAGCAGACAGGUAUUUUACCUUUCCAUCAUCUGUUAAUUCUCCCAUCGCAGCCCCCUCCCUCCCACAACUUUCUUCCCAGCCAAGAUUUGUUGCCUUAAAUCUUGUUAAGCUUCACGUAGAAGUCAAACACUUGUUAAAUGUGGCUCCCUCUAUUAGGGUCCUGCACUGACAUUAUUUAUGAGCCCCUUCAGACGAGUAGGUUUCCCCCCGCUCCCGACAUAUUUUUGGAACAUGAAAUUGACACUAUGUUAGUGAUUUAGUGGUGGAUUUAUACAGAAGCAACCAUGCACCAUUCUGCUUUAUUCAUUGUUCUGUGACGCUUCCCCUGUGCUUUCCCAUUCUUCCUAUAGUGCAGGGGUAGGCAAACUAAGGUCCAGGGGCUGGAUGCGGCCCAAUUGCCUUCUAAAUCUGGCCCGCGGACAGUCCAGGAAUCAGCGUGUUUUUACAGAAGUAGAAUGUGUCCUUUUAUUUAAAAUGCAUCUCUGGGUUAUUUGUGGGGCCUGCCUGGUGUUUUUACAUGAGUAGAAUGUGUCCUUUUAUUUAAAAUGCAUCUCUGGGUUAUUUGUGGGGCAUAGGAAUUCGUUCAUUCGCGCCCCACCCCAAAAUAUAUAGUCCGGCCCACCACAUGGUCUGAGGGAUGGUGGACCGGCCCACAGCUGAAAAAAGGUUGCUAUAGUGCAACAAAAGCAUGUGUGGUGUAGAUUCAGGUAGAUAGUCUGAUGCAGUCGAAAUAUAUAUUAAAAAUUUUAAAAUGUCCAGUGGCACCUUAGAGACCAACUAGGUUUGUUCUUGGUAUAAGCUUUCGUGUGCAUGCGUACUUCUUCAGAUACACUGAAACAGAAGUCACCAGACCCUUAUAUAAGAGGGUGUGGGGUGUGUGGAAUAUCUAUGGUACGAAAAGUUACAGGAUUUCUGCAGGAAGCUAUGGGACAUGUACCAAUGAGGAAUGGAGCUGUGUUGCUAGCCCAAUGGUUUGCAAGCACAAGCAGUAUUAAAAGCAGACCAUCACAACAAGUCCUCAUGAAUGCACAACAAAAAGGACAUCUGGAGGGGCCAGUGCUUUAUUUAUUUAAGGCAGGCAUAGGCCAACUCGGCCCUCCAGAUGUUUUUGGACUACAACUCCCAUCAUCCCUAGCUAGCAGGACCAGUGAUAAGGGAUGAUGGGAGUUGUAGUCCAAAAACAUCUGGAGGGCCGAAUAUGCCUAUGCCUGAUUUAGGGCGUUUAUGCCCUUCCCCUUUAGCAAAAAAGGGCUCUCAGAGCAAAUUACAAACAUCCCUGCCCUUACAAUGGGAGGGAGGAAGAAAAAGACACAAAACGCUCUUGCACCAGAGCCCUUUCGAGAUCUGUACUUUGAGAAAUCUUCUUCACUGCUUUGAGAAUUUGCUUCUGUCAGGAGGUGAGGCAAAUGUCUCCCCUGUAUCCUAUUAGGGCAUGGAGAAAAUCCGCUUUUCAUCUCAGCAUUAAGCAAUAUGGCAAUGACUAAUGAGGUGCUGGAGGAGACUCUUGAGAGUCCCAUGGACUGCAAGAAGAUCAAACCUCUCCAUUCUUAAGGAAAUCAGCCCUGAGUGCUCACUGGAAGGACAGAUCCUGAAGCUGAGACUCCAAUACUUUGGCCACCUCAUGAGAAGAGAAGACUCCCUGGAAAAGACCCUGAUGUUGGGAAAGAUGGAGGGCACAAGGAGAAGGGGACGACAGAGGACAAGAUGGUGGGACAGUGUUCUCGAAGCUACCAGCAUGAGUUUGACCAAACUGCAGGAGGCAGUGGAAGACAGGAGUGCCUGGCGUGCUCUGGUCCAUGGGGUCACGAAGAGUCAGACGCGACUAAACGACUAAACAACAAGUUAUGGUGCUAGUGCUGGAGGAGACUCUUGAGAGUCCUAUGGACUGCAAGAAGAUCAAACCGAUCCAUUCUUAAGGAAAUCAGCCCUGAGUGCUCACUAGAAGGACAGAUCCUGAAGCUGAGGCUCCAGUACUUUGGCCACAUCAGGAGAAGAGAAGACUCCCUGGAAAAGACCCUGAUGUUGGGAAAGAUGGAGGGCACAAGGAGAAGGGGACGACAGAGGACGAGAUGGUGGGACAGUGUUCUCGAAGCUACCAGCAUGAGUUUGACCAAACUGCGGGAGGCACUGGAAGACAGGAGUGCCUGGCGUGCUCUGGUCCAGGGGGUCACAAAGAGUCGGACACAAGUAAACGACUAAACAACAACGAGGUGCUUGGAGUCUUAAGUCCAUAUCUAGGGUUGCCAACUUUUUUGCUGCUGGGCUUCUCUCUGUGCCCUUUUUGUGUGCCAAGCAGGAAUUCAACAGAGGUUAGGCUUCUCAUUGCCCGUGAUAGGAAAGGGUGCUAGGUUUCUGCCUGUACAUUUAGCUGCUAGAGGCAAGGAAGCUAUGCCAGUGAAAGAAGCGGCAAUCUAGCUUUCCCAAAUGGUAGGGAAAGUGGUUUUUGAGCUCCCUCUCAAGGAUAUAAAAAGGUGGGGUUCCCCUUAGAUGGCCAGCAGAGGGGUGUGGCUUAUGCCCCCCAAUAUUUAUUUGUGAGUCUCAAGUCAGUUUACAUAAAAACAACAAAAAGUAGCUUAAAAACAGGAGGGAAAAAUGACUAAACUAAAUAUAAGUUUAAGAAACAAUACGGAAUAAACACUGGAGGCAGAGACAUUUUCACCCAGAUGGAAAAGCUUGUUUUAAAAAAGCCUUUAAAUUGUUUCUGAAAAAGUACAAAUAGUAGUUGUCUCUCAACAGAGGUGCUGUUUCAGAAUAUAGAUAGGUCUGUACGUGUACAUGCUUUUUGCCACUGAUGUUUUAGCUAUCUAAUUGUGGCCGAAAAACAGCCACGUUGAAUACCAGACCUGCUUCGUGUCAAGAGGAAUAUUUUUUCCACACUGAACUCGACCUUGAUUCUGUAAUAUUUAUUAAAAACAUUUGUCAGGUGAUAAAAGUAAAUAACCAGGAAUUACUGUCAGGCCUUACCAAAAGUCAGGUGCCUGGCAGUCAGAUUCCGGGAGUCGGAGGAACUGGCUAUCAGUCUAAGAGGACCAGAAGUGAGUGUGUGGUCCAAAAUACCCAAGGUUCAAGAUCCAAGGCGGAAGUAAACAUGAGGGAGGGAGGAUGAAAUAUAAUCUGAGUCGAGAGUGGAUUUCAUGCUCUUUAUUCAGCUCAUAGUGGUGAGGAGGAAUGGAAGUUCCCCCAGAAUGUCUGCCUUAUACACCGUACAUUAUUUACACAAUGGGCCCCACAUGGUUGGCUAAUUCCGGGAUUCUCCUGAAGGCCAAUGAGGUUGCGGAUUCCCUUCCACCUGGAGCUGGAUUGGGUGGCUCCUGUGGACCAAUCAGACUGCUGCAUUCUGGAUCCUAUUGUUCUAGGACCAAUCGGACUGCUGCAUUCUGAAUCCUAUUGUUCUAGGACCAAUCAGACUGCUGCCUUUUGGAUCCUAUUCCACUCAGUACAUAACAAAGGUGUCAGAGUAAGAAUACUGGGAUCUCUAGUUUGAUAUCUUCCGCAUGCAUCCAUCAGAAUUACUUAGUCUAGGACUCUGGUUUAAGUCAAUCAGGAUGCUCCAUAUCUAAAACAUCUGUAAUAAUUGUUUACAAAGGAAGAUUAUAUGUUCCCCCUGGACACCUUCUGUUAUUGCCAAACUCCUCUAAUCUCUAAAUUAAGAUAUAUUCCCUAAAUCCAAAUUGGUUUAAUUUACCUCUUGCUUGAUUUCCUUUUUAUGUUAUUUUAAUUCAUUGAAAACUACCAUCUGAUGUUUUGUUCUUAAACUCAUACCAGAUAGCAGGCUACUCCUUGCAUAUUUUACUAUUUCCAACCUUCUAGACCUAUUUUUUUUAGCGGAAUCCAGAGAAGAGUGUCCUUUUAACUUCACACUCGGUUCUGAGGUCAGUGAAAUUGCUGUUUUUCUUAAGCUUUUAACCCCCUGAGCUGAUGAGGCAUGGGUGUAGCCAGGAUUUUUGUAAGCGGGGAGGGACAGCCAAAGUUGUUGAGCUUGGGGGGGGGCAGACUUCGGGGGGGAGAGAAUCUCAGUUAAUUGAGUACUUUAAAUGCUUUUUUCUAAUUUUUGUUGAUCUUGGGGAGCGGCAACUGCCAGGCUGCCCCCCCUCAGGUAUGCCCAUGUGACUAGGACUUUUGAUUAAAACUUUUUAAUGGGGGGGGGCAUAUUUUAUUAACCCACAUUGCAGCCAGAGGAAUGAGUGUGAAUGCUAGAAGUUUUGUCCUGAACUAAUACAAAUUAGCCAUUAUUAUAAAAUAGUUGGGAAGGAACUAGCAAUAGACUGAGGCUUGCCUAUUCCUAGAAGAGGGAGUGUAUUUGGCAGAUGCUCAGUCCAGGGUUUCCAGAAUCUCAGGGGCCCUUUCAAAAAGAACAAAAUGUUCUUAGUUUGUUGUGACAACUGUGUUUUUUUCUUUACAACAGAAAGAACUUCCUUCACUCUCUCCUUGUUGCCUUCACUUUCACCUCCGUCCUUGUAGGGCUAGUUCCCACUUUACUUUUGCUGUACACCUAAAAAUGUAGUGUGCAUAGGACGCACACAUUUGCAAUCAAGUGUUAGAUACCGUAUUUUUUGCUCUAUAGGACGCACCAGACCACAAGACGCACCUAAUUUUUGGAGGAGGAAAACAAGAAAAAACAUAUUCUGAAUCUCAGAAGCCAGAAGAGCAAGAGGGAUCGCUGCGCAGUGAAAGCAGCAAUCCCUCUUGCUGUUCUGGCUUCUAGGAUAGCUGUGCAGCCUGCAUUCGCUCCAUAAGAUGCACACACAUAUCCCCUUACUUUUUAGGAGGAAAAAAGUGAGUCUUAUGGAGCAAAAAAUACGGUACUUAGAAUUUGCAGCCUAAGUGAAUUAAGUCUAAACAGAAGCAGGUCGUAUUGAAUUCAAUUGGGCUUAGUCCCAGGUAGGGAUGCAAUUAUUUGUUAAUUUUGGUUUCUCAGGGGGUUUUUUUGUUUUGUUUUUUUGGCAGUCUUAAAUUAAACUUUCCACAUUUUGCAGCCGUUUACUUUUUUAAACAAAGAAAAAUCCUCAUGAAAACCAUUUGCAUUUUUGUCAGUUUUGAACAGUAUACACUUUUUACUUAACAUACUCCUUUUUGCAAGCAAUUUCCCAUAAUAUAAUGCAUUUCUUAACUGUUAUUUUCACUAAUACCUCUAUUAUACCUGUUUUUUGUAAACAUUGCUUUGGGAAUUCCAACACAAAAUUUGGGCAGGUGUGCAUUUUGAAGGAUAGCUGUGUUUCAGUUCGCAUAUUGCUUCAGAAAAAAAGUAUACAGUGGUAGCUCGGGUUAGAUACGCUUCAGGUUACAGACUCCACUAACCCAGAAAUAGUACCUCGGGUUAAGAACUUUGCUUCAGGAUGAGAACAGAAAUUGCACUGCGGCAGCAGGCGGCCCCAUUAGCUAAAGUGGUGCUUCAGGUUAAGAACAGUUUCAGGUUAAGAACGGACAUCUGGAACGAAUUAAGUACUUAACCCGAGGUACCACUGUAAUGGCAAUAGGGAAGGAAUAGACGACACAUGAUUGUCAUAGCAUAAAACAAGAUGCCAUUUUCUCCUCCAGCUCUAUAAAAUGAAUGCGAUGAUGAUUCGUUGGCUGCUGCUGCUGCUGCUACUCCUGAAACCCUUUUGUUCUCCUGCACCUCGCCUUCUGGUAUGUUUAUUUUUUUACUUAUUAGAAUGUUGAUAUUGCACCUUCCAGGACAAAAUCCAUUGCAAGGCAGCAUCCAGAAAAAGUCGUACAAAACUUGUCGGGUCAACACUUUUAAAAUCUACAAAGGAGUGGUAAAACACAGCAGCGAACGAAGAUAAGGCCAAAAUCAAAGCAAAUCCUAAAUAAACACUGUGAACUUGCCACUCUUCAUGACAACAUUUACAGCUGUUGGGUUCAUAUCUUUUUUUUUUCUGGCUCUGGCUAGUUCACCAGCUACAGCCACUCCUGGACGUGAAUAGCCUGGCCACAGUUAUCCACACCUGUGUUAACCUCAUGACUGCAGUACGGCAGUGCUAUCUGUGCAGGGAUACCCUUGAAGACAGUGUAGAAGCUGCAGAUGGUGUAAAAUACAGCUGCCAGGCUUUUAAUUUUAAGGCAAGAUCGUAUAUGGCAGAUCCUUGGAGAGUGACACUGGCUGCCUGUUUGUUCAAGGUGUUGCUACUGGUAUAAACCCAGCACCCUGGACCCUGUGUUCUCCCUAUAAGGAGGACAACCCUGAGAAAUCCCCACCACCACCACCACCCUGAGAAAUAUACGGGGAAAACUAUAGAACACAACAAGCAGGGGCAGAUUUAGGUUUGAUGAGGCCCUAAGCUACUGAAGGUAACGGGGCCCUUUUUAUGUCCAGCUGUCCUUUGUCAACAACAAAUUGUCGCUGUUUUUUGUGUUGAAUAUAUGCCAUAUGGUAAUUUAUGGACCUAAUAGGUAUCUAAAGCCGUUUGCACAUGUUGCCAUGUAACCAGUCCAUGCAGAAUGUAGGCACCCUAUAUAUAGAAAUGAGCAAACGAAUGAUAUUUUAGGGAGCAGGCUAGCAGGUGGGGCCCAUGACUUGCAUCAUAGGCGCCUACAGAACACAAAACACUGUUCCUGUAUGUAGGUUUUAUUUGUUUUGUUUUUUAUAUUUUUGAAAUAUACAUCGCUUUUUCCCCUUUAAAUUUUUUGGGGGCCCCCAAGAAAGUGGGGCCCUCAGCUAUAACUUGUUUAGCUUAUACGUAAAUCCGGCACUGACAACAACCAAUACCUUCCAACUCACCCUGACUGCAGUUGCAUAAAAAGGUAAAGGUAAAGGGACCCCUGACCAUUAGGUCCAAUCGUGACCGGCUCUGGGGUUGCGGCGCUCAUCUCGCUUUAUUGGCCAAGGGAGCCGGCGUUCAGCUUCCGGGUCAUGUGGCCAGCAUGACUAAGCCGCUUCUGGUGAACCAGAGCAGCACACGGAAACGCCAUUUACCUUCCCGCCAGAGCGGUACCUAUUUAUCUACUUGCACUUUGACGUGCUUUCGAACUGCUAGGUUGGCAGCAGCAGGGACCAGUCAACGGGAGCUCACCGUUGCGGGGAUUUGAACCGCUGACCUUCUGAUCAGCAAGUCCUAGGCUCUGUGGUUUAACCCACAGCGCCACCCGCGUCCUGCAGUUGCAUAAAAGGGAAUGGCAAUUUCCUUCUCACUUUCAGGAAAGGGAUGACUGCCUGGUAGAAAACGGCAAACUACAGCAGAAGCUAAAAACACUCCAAGAUUUAUCCCAGCUAUAUGCACUGCAACUGAAAGACCUCCUGGGGAACAACUACCACAGACAAAAGAGCAAGGUUUUCUCUGCCAUGAGGACCACACAGCUGGACAUGCUUUUGCCCUUGACGAGUGGAAGUCUCUUAGUCCAUAACCAAGGUAGAUAAAAUUUGUGGCAAGGUCUGUUCUUCUGAAAGGCUUGCGUGUUUUCUUUAAUCUUUGAGAUAGACAUGCUCUUUAUGGCCAGUCCCCUUCUUGCGUUUGCAUGUUUUCAGUCCUAAAUUUGUUGCCAUCCUACCUCUCCAUCUUGCAUUGCUUUGCUUAGAUUGUGCAAUGGUAUUUAACAGCGGAAAGACGGAGAGUGGAUACUACCGAAUUAAGCCUAGAGCAGACAGAGAACCUUUCCUUGCCUUCUGUGACAUGUCAGACGGAGGAGGGUGGACUGUGAUCCAACGGCGCAGAAACGGAAAAGAGAAUUUCUACAGGUGCGUCGCUGAGUGCAGUUAACAGCACACGUAAUGGUUUCCUUUUUUAAUAAUUUUUAUUAAAUUUUCUGUUUUACAAUUUAAAAUACUCAUUUAAACAUCCUUAAAAUAUCAAUGACUUCCCUUCUUCUCUUUCCAUGGUACAUUUUGCAUAUCAUAAAUCCCUGCAUAUUUUACAAAAACUAAACCAUUCAGUAUUCCAUUAUUGCAUCCAUCAAAAUUUAUUUACACGGUUGAAUUUAUCUUAAAGCUGCCAACGUUUUCAGGUCACACAGUUGUUUCCCAUAUAUUCCAAUCUAUGUUCUUCUUGUUCUCUUAUUUUAUGUUAAGUCUGCAAGCUGGGCGUAUUCUGUCAACCUAAAUUGCCAUUCUUCUUUGGUUGGGACCUCGCUCAUUUUCCAUUUUGGGGCUAACAAAACACGGGCCACAGUAGUAGCAUACAUAAAUAACAUUUUUUUUUACACCUGGGAAUUUCAGUCUGAAUUAUCCCCAACAAAAAGGACUAUGUGGUGUUUUUUUGGAAAAGUACUUUUAAACAUUUUUUUCAAUUUAUUGUGGAUUAUUUCCCAAUACUCUUUUACGCUUUUACAAGUCCACCACGUGUGAAAGAACGUUCCAUCCACCUCUUUGCAUUUCCAGCACUUAUCUGUCACGUAACGGUUUCCUUAUUGCUGAGAAUAGGGGAGACCAUGACCUACAAAAUUGGAUGGUGCGCCAUAUUAGGUCAUACAGGCAGUGUCAUACAGUUAGGUCAUACAGGAAGUAACAACUUCAUGGUGAGUGCCAGCACCUAUUUUUCUAGCAAAAAAAGCACUGCAUACAGGUAUGUGCAAAUGUUCUGAGUUGAACCAAAGUCAAUUUGUUGCCUCUUAAUGCCUUGUAACACUUUGGAAAAGAACAUUAGAUAGCCAACCUGGAACCCUUCCAGAUACAGCUGAAUAGCCAACCAUGACAUGUGUGUCUCUCCUCCUUGCAGAAAUUGGGACGAUUACAAAGAAGGGUUUGGACAGUUUCAGAGCAAGGGUGAUGAGUAUUGGCUGGGUAAUGAUAAAAUACAUGAUCUACUACUUGAAGGUAAGGAUCCUCGUUCUGUCUAGAUGAAUCUUUAUGAAGUUAAUUUUAACCCUAAUAAGCUAACUUCCCCUACCAGCCGUUGAAGAGAGGAAGAUCUUCCAAUCUCUUCACUGCUUUCUUCCAUCUUGAUAGAGCCCAAAAUAUUGCAUUUGAGCUAGAUGUGAUGCUAGAGGUAUGUUUAGUGUCUCUUGUUGGCUUUAAAACAAACAAAACAAAAAAGUUUUAGUGCAGCCAUGUGGGCUCCAAUUUUAUUUUGAAGCAUGGGAUGGGGCAAGAGGGGUUAUUAACGCCUUCUCCUUGGACUGUUUUCCUGAUUACGGUGCACCCAACACACAUACACUGUUUUUCUCUCUGCAUAUAAUUUGGUUACAGUGAUUUGACAUGCGUAUAGUCUGAAGGCACCAAUAAACCCUUGCAUUUCAUUUGCAAUACUGUGUGUUGGACCCAAGGGAGUUCAUCAUGACACUGUUUAUGUUGCAGGAGAAAAAUCAUUGAAAAUUGACCUGAUGGACUGGAAUGGGAAGAGACGAUACGCAAUUUAUGAUAAUUUCCAGAUCAAGAAUGAGAGUGUGAGUCACUGGAGCAUAAAAUACAUUUAUCAUGUGGACAGUAAGCCCGCAACUUAUGUGGGGUUUACAAUCUAGGGAUCAAACCUAAAGCCAAAAUUGCAUAUAGUCAAAACAUAUUGGGUUCAAUGGCUGGUGGGAUUGCCAGAGUCUUUUCCCCCCAGUAUGCCUGGCCCCUUCCCGCCCCAUUUUGAAAUUUAUUUUAUUUGUGAAGUGCGUAGAGCUAAAUGCUCACAAGUUAAAUGCACGUAAGUUGCUGGCGAGCAGGAUAGAGGCUGGGGGAGAAUAUGCACAUUUAAGUUAAAGAUCUUGUGGAUAUAAGAACCAGAAGAUUUUAAGACAGCAUCACUCAGUUUGGGCUGCAAAUCAGGGAGCUUGUACACAUAUGAAAACUAAAAGCAAGAGUCUUAUUUAUUAAGUCAACAUCUAUCAUGUCCCCCCCCCAUCCAUCUAUUGCAUGUAUUUACAAGUCUCCUGUUACCAGUCAACAAACAUGAUAUCCAGCAACCACAAUCUGUGCACAACUGGAAAAAAGGAAAAUGUCGUGUGUGCAGAGCACGUAACACCCGAAAAUUAAUCCAUUACACCUUGAUGUGCAUUAUAUCAUGAAGGCAUUAACUGUGUAAAAGUUGUGCAGAAAACAUCUGCCCAUUUUAGAGAUUGGAACGUUAACACUUAAGAAAUUAGAGGUGUAAAAAGGUUGUUUGUUUAAAAAGAAAAGCUGGAGCGAUUAUAACGCAGUCGCCUCUUUUUCUCCGAAUCCCAGAUGGAGGGGACAAACAACAGAUAAGUUCUUUGAGACUUUCAUGAUGAAAAGAUGAACAAUUCUGCUGACUGGCAGUUUGGGUUAACUGGCUACCUAUACCUGACACCUAAUAACAUUUGUUUCUGCGGCAGAAUAAUUACCAGAUGGGCUUUGGCACCUUUUCUGGGACUGCUGGGGACGCUUUGUCCGGAGGGAGCAACUUUGAGAGCCAGUGGUCUGCGUCGCUCAAUGGGAUGCCGUUCUCAGCUCCUGACAGGGACAAUGACAGGUUCCUAACAGGGAGCUGUGCAGAAGAGAACAAAUGUGGCUGGUGGUUUAACAGGUGAGUUGAGGGAUGACUUAGCUAGCCCUGAAAACCCAAAUGAAGACCUGCCACAUCUAAGCAGUUCUUCCUCUCUUGUGCAUCUGCUCUGGAUCUCCUCGGUCUGUCAGAGUCAGAGAUAAAUAUGUGUAUUACUAAUUCUGGCAAGCCAGUACUGAGUUAUAUCAGGUUCAAAUCGCCAACUCAGCUAUGAAAUCAUCCCUUUUCAGCCUAACCUACCUCACAGGGUUGUUUGUGAGAGUGUAAUAGGUGGGGAAGACCCAUGUAUACCAACUUGAGCUUCUAGGAGGAAAGGCAAUGAAUAAAUCCACACAAACCUUUACAGAUGUCAACAUCUUUAGAAAAAAUGACUGCUACUUAAAGGGAUGCAAGUGUCAACAAAUGUUAUUCAUGUACAUGAGAAUUAUACUUUCAUCCAGUGCUUUUCUUCUAAAAAAAUGUUUAGGGGCACUCUCAUUUUCCUACUUAUAUUGAAAUACUGCCCCUCAACGAGGCCAAACUUAGAUUCACAAAAGGUUUAGGGGCGUGCGUACCCCCAGGAAAAAAAGCACUGCUUUCACCCUUCAUUAAAACGGUGUAUGUGUGAACAUGGCAUUUGCUUCUCCUCCACUGAGCUGAGCUGACCCUGAGUGGGUUACUUUUCCACCUUGCCCUCACCCAACUUUUUAGACUUUUAAAUCACAGAAUUGCAGAUUUGUAGAGUUCGAAGGGACCAUGAGUGCUAUCCAGUUCAACUCCCGGCAAUGCAUGAAUCUCAUGGGAAAUGCAGCAUGCUUUAACUAAAUAUCAAUUAAUAAACAGAUACAGCAAUUGCCAUCAGUCUGUGACUUCCGCUUUGAACUUUUCACUAUUUCCCCUGCCAACUUGAACAUAGAUGUUUCCCUUAACUGGUAGAAUGCCAGUGUUGUAUGGCGGUUAAGAGUGUUGGGCUAGGACCAGGGAGGUCAGGAUUAAAAUCCCCACUCACUCAGCCAUGAAGAUCAUGGGAUGACCUUGGACCAGUCACCAUCUCUCAAACGUAAUUUACCGUAUUUUUCGCUCUAUAAGACGCACCCGACCAUAAGACGCACCUAGUUUUAGAGGAGGAGAACAAGAAAAAAAUAUUCUCUCCCUCUCUGCUUAGCGCCUCUCCAGCAAAGUGGGAGGAGAAAUGGAAGGGGCUCUGUUUCUCCUCCCGCUUCGCUGAAGGGGCGCUGCGCAGAGAGGGAAAGCUGUGCAGCGCCUCUCCAGUGAAGCAAAGCCGGGAGACCAAGAGGGAUCGGUGCACACCGAUCCCUCUUGCUUUCCUGGCUUCAGCGAAAGCAACGCAAAGCCUCCGGCGCACAGGAGGAGGAGCGCUCAGGCGGCUUUGGGCGGCUAUCCCUGAAGCCAGGAGAGCAAGAGGGAUGGGUGCGCACGGAUCCCUCUUGCUCUCUUGGCUUCAGUGAAAGCUGCGCAGCCUGCAUUUGCUCCAUAAGACGCACACACACUUCCCCUUACUUUUUAGGAGGGGAAAAGUGCGUCGUAUAGAGCGAAAAAUACGGUACCUUACAAAGCUGGUGUGAGGACAAAAUGGAGAUGGGAGACCAUGUGUGCUGCUUUCAGAUCCUUGGAGGAAAGGAGGCAUAUACACGCCAUGAUAAAAAAAAAUGGGAAGAGCAUUUGGUCAAGAAAAUGCAAGCAGAGCCAGCACAAAUAUAAAAACAAAGCACAUUUUAUAUAGUUCUUACAAUGGGAGGAAAUUGUGGAUUUUACGUAAGAGGACAAGUUGAGUGGGGACUUCUAACAUGUCAACGAAGUAUUUAAAGUACAUCAUAAAUUUAACUGGGUCUUAGCUUAGAAGAGCAGAAGGUAUUAUCUUAAUUUCAGAUUUCCAUAAUAAAGUCUUGUUAGCUUUAUGCAUUGGGGCCAUUCUCUUGCACUUGAUUAACAACCUCUCCUCCCCCCCCUUUCCACUUCCGCAAGAUGCCAUGCAGCAAAUCUCAACGGGCAAUAUCACAGAAAUGGGAAAUACUCUGGCCCCUUGGACAACGGAGUGGUUUGGUCAACAUGGCGGGGGCUGUGGUAUUCCCUGAAACACACAUCCAUGAAAAUCAGACCUACGUCCUUUGUGGAUGGAGAGAGUGGAGAUGGAGAAGCCGACUAACACGCCCCAACUAUGCACCUGAGGAAAAGAAAAAUAUGACGGAUUUGAGGGGUUUAUAUAUACUGUCUUCAGCCUGUCAGCUUAUUCACAACAAUAACUAGGCAGAGGGCCUUCUCGGUAGUGGCACCUUCCCUGUCGAACACCUUCCCUUCAGAUGUCAAAGAAAUAAACAACUAUCUGACUUUUAGAAGACAUCUGAAGGCAGCCCUGUUUAGGGAAAAUUUUAAUGUUGAUGUUUUGUCGUGUUUUUACUAUUUUGCUGGGGGCUGUCCAGAGUGGCUGGGGAAACCCAGCCAGAUGGGUGGGAUAUAAAUAAUAAAAUUAUUGUUGUUGUUAUAACAAGUGACAGGAGCUGGAACUGGGCCACAUCUGCUGUUCUUCCAGCAAAUAAGCCAUGCUCGAAGGUGUGGUUUUCAUGUUACAUUUCCCCAUGUUUAGAAAUAAAUACAGACUGAGGUGGAUUGCUGAGAGCUGGGAGGUAUGGGUCAAUCUGGCCUAGGAAGGAAGGCUUCACUCCAGGAAAAAGGAGCCCUCUCACCUUGUUUUGAAAAGACUGGCAAGCAGGUGAGAUGUCUAGGUAGGGAGCCUGUUAGGGAAAACAACUGGAUUCUGCAAGCCCUUUCUUUUACUUUCCAUAUUCAUGUUUUUUCCUCUGUAACUCAAAACAUUUGCAAUAUUCUGAUUUACUGCAAAGAAUGAACCAUUUUGUGAUACAAAACAGAAAAGGGGUAGGGGGAUAAAAGUUCAAACUUGCAAGAAUGUAAGUUAAUUUUUUGUUCACUGUAUAAAGCCCACCAGAACAUUUCCAGUGUAUGGGAGAAGCUGCAGUUUUGUUAUAAUGGUAAAACCUUGUUCUUGUGUUGGCAGUAACUAGGCAUAGCCUAGCCUGCUAUCCUUCUCUGGUUAUAGGAUGCACAUCCUGUUCAUCUAUAUUGUAUUUGAGCCCACCUCUUAAUUUGCCUUUUGUCUCCGAUUUAUUUCUCAAGGCGAAGGGAGGGGAGUGGUGAGCCUUGACUGAGCCUAAUAAAGCAGAAGACUUGCUAUACUCCACAUUUUCACAUAUACUUCUUUUUUUAAAAUUGAGUAAAUGAAAACGUGCUUUUACAAUUCUAAUAAAAGCCUAUGAGGCCACUGAGGGCUGAGUAUAGUCUUGGGGCUAGCUGUCUCAGGCUUCUGCUAAAAUGCAAAGACACAGCGAAAACAAUUCCCAGUAAAUGUGAAAGUGAUUAACUGCUUUGCAGAAAUUUUUGGAUGAAAUGAAGGCGGAAAGAUGUCACUGUAACAAAAGACAGCCUGUCACAUACAAUGCAACAAAAAUAAAACGCUGCUUUAUUUCCAUCCUUGUCUAAAAUUUGUAUUAAAGCGUUAAAACCUUUUUGCUUCCGUGUAUAUUGUUAGGGCUCUCAGAAGGGAAAAACUUGUAAGACAAUCAGUCAUUACGACACAAGAUGCGAAAGCAAGCCCAAAAUUGUAAACCGGGUAGAACUGAUGGAGCGGUAGCUUCUUUGGGUAUGGAAAUGAUUCACCUCCUG